ACUAAGCAACCACUGGGACAAAAGAUUUCGCAAGUUUUCCCUCUCUUUCUCUCUCUUUCUCUCUCUCUUUCUUUCUUUCCUUCUUACUCUCUGGUCUUCCUCAAGGAAGCUAGGGUGCAGCAAUGGAGAAGAUGGAAGAGCUUGCAGCUUCAGAACAAGGAGAACUCAUGACUACCCAUCAACACACUCCUAAAAGAAGAAAAGGUGGCCUCAUUACCAUGCCAUUCAUCAUAGCAAAUGAGGCUUUUGAGAAGGUGGCAAGCUAUGGACUUGUACCAAACAUGGUAUUUUACUUGAUUAAAGAUUAUCACAUGGGUGUAGCCCAGGCUACAACCACUAUCUUUCUCUGGAAUGCUGCUACGAAUUUCAUGCCCCUUUUGGGUGCUUUCAUCUCUGAUUCAUACUUGGGUCGCUUCCUCACCAUUGGCCUUGGUUCCAUCUCUAGUCUCUUGGGGAUGAUCCUCAUGUGGUUAACAGCCAUGAUUCCAAAAUUAAGGCCUUCCCCUUGCAACCAAAUGACUCAAACAAGCUGUACAACCCCAACAGCAGGCCAAAUGUCUAUGAUCAUAUCUUCCAUGGGCUUAAUUUCCACAGGAGCUGGUGGCAUUAGGCCAUGUUCUUUAGCAUUUGGGGCUGAUCAAUUGGACAACAGAGCUGACCCUAAAAAUGAGAGGGUCUUGGAGAGCUACUUUGGCUGGUACUAUGCGUCCACUGCAAUUGCUGUUUUGAUUGCUCUGACAGCAAUUGUUUACAUUCAAGACCAUCACGGUUGGAGGGUGGGGUUUGGAGUUCCUGCAAUUCUUAUGUUCCUCUCAGCAUUCUUGUUCUUCAUUGCUUCUCCACUUUACCUCAAGCAGAAAGCAAGUACGAGUCUUUUCACUGGAUUUGCACAAGUUCUAGUGGCUGCAUACAAGAAUAGAAAAAUUCCAUUCCCUCCCAGAGAUUCAGAUAGCAAGUAUCAUCACAAGAAGAAUUCAGAAUCCAUUGCACCAACUGAUAAUCUAAGGUUCUUGAACAAGGCUUGCAUCAUUAGAAAUCCAGAGCAAGAUUUAGCUUUGGAUGGAUCAGCAUCAAACCCAUGGAGUCUUUGCACAGUAGAGCGAGUAGAGGAGCUUAAAGCGAUUAUCAGGGUUAUCCCUAUAUGGUCUACAGGGAUUAUGAUGUCCAUAAAUGUUAGCCAAGGUACAUUUCAAUUGCUCCAAGCUAGUUCAAUGGACAGACACCUAACCUCCAAUUUCCAGAUCCCAGCAGGCUCUUUUCCAACCUUUGUAGUCAUCUCUCUAGCAGCAUGGGUUGUUCUCUAUGAUAGAGCCAUCCUUCCCUUGGCAUCAAAAAUCAAGGGUAAGCCAGUAAGGCUUGGUGUUAAACUAAGGAUGGGAAUUGGCCUAUUCCUUUCCUGUAUAGCUAUGGUGGUUGCAGGAAUUGUUGAAAAUAUUCGAAGGAGAAGAGCAAUCCGAGAUGGGUAUCUAAACAAUCCUCAAGCAGUGUUGGGCAUGUCAGCACUAUGGCUUGUACCACAGUUUUGCUUAAAUGGCUUAGCAGAGGCAUUUAACGGAAUAGGCCAAACAGAGUUUUAUUACUCAGAGUUCCCCAAGAGCUUGUCAAGCAUUGCUGGUGCUCUAUUUGGGCUAGGAAUGGCUGUGGCAAACUUGUUGGCAUCUGUUAUUCUGAGUGCUGUUGAUCACCUUACUUCAAAAGGAGGCAAAGAUGGUUGGGUUCCAAAUAAUAUUAACAAGGGUCAUUAUGACAACUAUUACUGGCUUCUUGCAAUUAUGAGUGCUGUUAAUCUGCUAUACUUUCUCUUCUGUAGCUGGGCUUAUGGACCUUGCAAGGAACAAGUGAUAAAGGUUAGUGAUGAAGGGAAUGGGUUUGACAAGGAGGAAGAAGAGAUGUCUAUUCUAGGGACUAUGAUUAAAGAAGAAGGCAAAGUUGUUGAAGGAGAAGAGUUGUCAAGACUUUGAUAAGAGGAUUUCUUGGCUUGAUUCGAGUGUAGUCAUUGUGUGAUAAUUUGUGUGAUAGUAAGAAUUAAUUAAGCAAUUAUCAUUUUUGUAAUUAUUUCAAACAUCUCCCUUGAAACCCAUUUGCAUAUGGCAAUGUCAUGGGUGCUAUUUUCUCUAUUGAGUCCUAUAUCUAUGUGUUACAUUAAUUAUAUAUGUUUUCAAUACCAUACUUCAACAUACACAUUUGUAACAUAUAUAUAUAUAUAUAUAUAUUUUCUUUCUUCAAUGAAAUUCAGUGUCUUGACUUGA